GUUACUUAGUGUGAUUUCACUUAUCAUAAUAAUUGAUCCAUGUAGUGGUCAAUGAAAGAACAGCACCAGUGUUGAUAGAGAUCAGCCACGGAGCCUCGCCGCCGGCACGUAGUUUCAAUCUCGACGACAGCACGACUGUCGUCGGCGGUGAGGAUUACCCCGAAGAACGCCGUGGUUUCUCGAAUAUGCGGAAUCCGUUAGCGAGCGAACCAUCAAAGUUUCUCACAGAUGCAACAGGCAGAAGGCGAUGGCUUGGGCCUUCAUCAACUUGGGCCUACAGUCGACAGGUACUCAAUAUGAUUCAGGGGCAUCUCGGCCAACACGAAUCUCCAGAGGUCCCUCUCAAUGUUGACGCUGAAGCAUUUAAGUUGGACUGGCCUUCGUCUAGAGGCAUCACCCCGCAAGUCACAGUUGACAUCCCCUCCCUAGACUAUGCUCUCUAUCUCACAAAUACGGUCAAGUUUCAUCUUGGGCAGACCUACCAUCUCUUCGACGAGGAAAGCUUCAUGACUGGGCUUUACGACCUCUACAGAACAGGACUGAGGCUGGAACCGACUGCAGAUUCUAGAUUGUGGUAUAUCCAGUUUCUGAUCAUCAUGGCUUUCGGGAAGGCUCUUUUAGUCCCUGGAAACCCAAAUCAGACCCCUCCUGGGAGUAGUUUGGUGACGAGGGCUCUCGAGCUGCUUCCCGAUGUACAUGGACUAUAUCAAGACCCUGUUCUGUCCGUAGAGAUACUAUGUGGUCUGGCUUUAUACUUGCAGUCAGUAGACCACAGGAACAGCGCUUAUACCUACAUCGGCCAAGCAUUUCGUAUUGCCAUUUCGCAGGGCUUACACCGAGAACCGUUAAGAAACCAACUUAACGACAGUGAGGCUAACAGACUCCGCUGUGUCUGGUGGACUCUGUAUAUCUUAGACCGCAAGAUGUCAUCCCUUAUGGGCGCUCCCAAUUCGAUACAAGAUAGCGACAUCACCGUUCAACUGCCAAGAUCAGACCCGGUUGUUCACAAGUAUAAGGCACUCGGAAUACACGUUGUCUUGUCUCAACUGCUUGCCAAGGUUUUGAAUAGUGAGUUUGGAGAGCUCACAUGCAGGAUUGGGACUCUCUAACCGAGAUAUAGCUGUGUAUGGCGCAGACGGAAAACUUGACCCCUCCUUUCUGAAGAGUGUUCAGGCAGUUUUAAGAGACAUGGUAAGGC